AAGAAAAAGCGACGGAAAAUGAAAGGGCCUUUUUCUUUCAGUACCUUUUCCACUUCCUUUUCCUUGUCACAAAGCACUCCAGCUCAACAAAGUUGCCGCACCUGUUUUACGGUCUCCCGUUCUCCGGCGACGACAAUCCUCACUCCUCCAAUGGAUGUAAGAGUGAAGAAAGAGCAAAAUGAAAAGGAGCAAGAGGUGAAAGCAGAGGCUUGUUUCUACAUAAUGAUCAAGGUAGCUCGUGAUGAAGACCUUGGUGAACAAAUUGGGAAGGAGAUUUAUUUUGAUCUUGUGGACCAUGAUAAAGUGCGUACUUUUCAUAUUCAGAAACAGAUGCCAUUUACUCAAUUCAAGGAGGAAGUUGCUAAGGCAUUUGGUAUACCGGUUCCAUUUCAACGUUACUGGCUAUGGGCAAAACGCAAGAACCACACGUAUCGUCCUGAUCGUGCAUUGACAGCUCAAGAGGAAAUUCAGCCAGUUGGUGAACUGAGAGAGGUUUCAAAUAAAUGGAACAAUGAUGAGCUCAAACUUUUUCUGGAAGUAGAAUUAUGCCUGGAUUUGCGACCUUUACAUCCACCAGGGAAGACGACCAGGGAAGAAAUCCUUCUAUUUUUAAAACUUUAUGACCCUCUGAAAGAGACGAUUAGGUAUGUUGGACGUCUUUCUGUAAGAGGAAGUGGCAAGCCGCUGGAUAUAAAAACAAAGCUGAAGGAGUUAGCUGGCUUUUCGCCUGAUGAAGAAAUUGAACUCUUUGAGGAAAUAAGAUUUGAACCCAGUGUGAUGUGUGAAAAAAUUGACAGUAUGCUGAGUUUUUCUGAGUGCCAGCUAGAAGAUGGCGAUAUAAUUUGCUUUCAGAAAUCCCUUCAAAAUCUAUGCAGUGAACAAUUUCGCUUUCCUGAGGUUCCUUCAUUUUUGGAGUACAUGCACAAUCGCCAGGUAAGAGUGAAGAAAGUGCAAGAAGAAAAGGAACAAAAGGGAAAGGAGAAAGCAGAGGCUUGUCUCUACACAAUGAUCAAGGUAGCUCGUGAUGAAGACCUUGGUGAACAAAUUGGGAAGGAGAUUUAUUUUGAUCUUGUGGACCAUGAUAAAGUGCGUACUUUUCAUAUUCAGAAACAGAUGCCAUUUACUCAAUUCAAGGAGGAAGUUGCUAAGGCAUUUGGUAUACCGGUUCCAUUUCAACGUUACUGGCUAUGGGCAAAACGCAAGAACCACACGUAUCGUCCUGAUCGUGCAUUGACAGCUCAAGAGGAAAUUCAGCCAGUUGGUGAACUGAGAGAGGUUUCAAAUAAAUGGAACAAUGAUGAGCUCAAACUUUUUCUGGAAGUAGAAUUAUGCCUGGAUUUGCGACCUUUACAUCCACCAGGGAAGACGACCAGGGAAGAAAUCCUUCUAUAUUUAAAACUUUAUGACCCUCUGAAAGAGACGAUUAGGUAUGUUGGACGUCUUUCUGUAAGAGGAAGUGGCAAGCCGCUGGAUAUAAAAACAAAGCUGAAGGAGUUAGCUGGCUUUUCGCCUGAUGAAGAAAUUGAACUCUUUGAGGAAAUAAGAUUUGAACCCAGUGUGAUGUGUGAAAAAAUUGACAGUAUGCUGAGUUUUUCUGAGUGCCAGCUAGAAGAUGGCGAUAUAAUUUGCUUUCAGAAAUCCCUUCAAAAUCUAUGCAGUGAACAAUUUCGCUUUCCUGAGGUUCCUUCAUUUUUGGAGUACAUGCACAAUCGCCAGCCAGAAGAGCACAAAAUGCUUGUUCCUAGUUCUGAUUUUUCUACUAAGAAGCCUCAGCUGAUCGAAGUUGCACCAGCAGACACAACAAAUAGGGUUGAUGGACAGGCAGUGGAUGAUCCGGCAUCCGCCCGGUUCACAUGGACUGUCGACAAAUUUUCAAGGUUGAAUGUGAAGAAGUUGUACUCUGAUGCUUUUAAUGUAGGAGGAUAUAAAUGGAGGAUUCUGAUAUUCCCAAAAGGGAACAAUGCAGACCAUUUAUCAAUAUAUUUAGAUGUGGCGGAUGCUGCAACAUUGCCUUAUGGUUGGAGUAGAUAUGCUCAGAUUAGCUUAGCUGUUCUCGAUCAAGUUCAUGGCAAAUUCACAAUGAGAAAAAAUACUAAACACCAGUUUAAUGCAAGCAAGAGCGACUGGGGUUUCACAUCAUUCAUACCUUUUACUGAACUACAUGAUCCUGGAAGAGGUUAUCUUGUGGAUGAUAAAAUCAUACUUGAAGCUGAUGUUUCCAUGCCUAAAAGUCAGUGACUACUGAAGGUCAUUGAUAGAGAGUAGGAGGACCACUACUCAGGCAUAGUUAUCAGGAGCAGAAUGGGGUAGCGGACUGACUUGCGAAAGAAGAACUGGAAAACAACUUUUUGAUCAUGUCUUUUGUUUAUAUGCCAAUUCCUCCAGUAUAUAUAUGCUAUAUAAGUUUUAAUUGCAGACAAAUUAAGAACUACUUUUGUUAGGCAGCUGUUGCAUGAUCCUACUACUUUUUACCCUCUGCUUUGCAUAAUAUAUGAUGCAUAUUAAUAUAUCAAAUUACUCCAAAAUUAGUUGAAUACAAACUGUUGAAAGUACUUAGACAACAAGCCUCUGGAUCCCUGUCAAGCAUUUCCCUUGCUUAU